CCCACACACUCACCCGCACCCACACCCCGCCCCAGCACCCACACCAUGGCCGCCUCCACCCUGUCCGUCUGCUCCAGCGACCUGAGCUACGGCGGCCGCGUCUGCCUGCCCGGCUCCGGCGACUCCUGCCCCGACCCCUCCUGGCAGGUGGACGACUGUCCCGAGAGCUACUGCGAGCCCCCCUGCUGCGCCCCGGCCUCCUGCCUGACCCCCCUCUGCACCCCUGCGAGCUGCGGGUCCAGCCCCUGCCCACCAGCCUGCCCCAGCUCCUGCCAGCCCUCGUGCGGCAGCUGCUCCCCCUGCCAGGAGGGCUGCGGUGUGUCUGUCUGCUGCAAGCCCGUCUGCUGCACCCUUGUCUGCUGCAAGCCCGUGUGCUGUGAGUCCUCCCCCUGCUGCCAGCAGUCUAGCUGCCAGCCUUCGUGCUGCAGCUCCUCCCCCUGCCAGGAAGACAGCUGUGUGUCUGUCUGCUGCAAGCCCGUCUGCUGCACCCCUGUCUGCUGCAAGCCCGUGUGCUGCACCCCUGUCUGCUGCAAGCUCGUGUGCUGCAUCCCCGUCUGCUGCCAGGCCUCCCCCUGCUGCCAGCCCAGCCCCUGCAGACCCUCCUCCUGCGUGUCCCUCCUCUGCCGCCCCGCCUCCAGCGUGUCCCUGCUGUGCCGCCCCGUGUGCUCCCGCUGAUGGGGCACGUGCCUCCGGGGAGCUGGGCACCACGGGGUACCCCCGCUCUCCCACUGCCUCCUAGGAUUUAAGCCAGCAGGAUCUGUGGGACUCAUCAGCACAGUGCUCACCCUCGGACCCUCACAAGCAGGCCUGAGCCUGUGCACAGCGUCAUGUUGUGCCCAGAUGCACCUGAGACCGCCCUCGCUGUCACUGAUGGGUCCCCAGGUUGUUUGGGACAUCCAAGCCCCUGCCCUGUCUCUGCCCCUCCGACAAGUGGUUUGCCUCCCCCCCAA